GGCGCCACCUGCGCGCAACUUCACAUGUGUCGUCGGUGGUUCCAUUCCAUUAGAUUGUCCCCGACACGUGCGCGCCUCCAGCCGCAGCGCCGCGCCCGUGCCUCUCACCUCCGCACCCGCCCCCGACGACACUGCGUCUUAUAUUCAACUUUCGACGGAGCAGACCACAAGUGCAGGAAGGGACCGUGUGCAGGUGGAGGUGCGGCGGGCGCGGCGCGCGCGGCUGCCGGCCGCGUCCAGCCCCGCGCCGGCCGCCGGCGCCGGCGACCACGCCGAGCGCUGCGCUGCGCCUGUUGUCGACGACAGAUGGCGCUGCGAGGACGAGGUCGACGGGGCGGUGGGCGCGGUGACGGAUGCGGCGGCCGGCGGCCACUCACCACCCGACGCCGAAGACGACAUCGAGGUGCCUAUUUGUGGUUAUCAGACCUAUUAAACGAUACUUACCUAGGUACCUAAUCCUUUUUUACUUUUAGAAAAAACACGGACUGUCCGUCUGGAAAAAUAUCGACGGCUAUUCCGAUGAGAUCGACGACGAAGGUGAGAUUUCAUUGCGAUAAAUCUGUUUCGAUCAACGUUCGGAAUCGCACCGUUCCCUUCACUAAUAGAGAAAAAAAUCAAGAGCGUAAUGCCCGAUACCGUCACUACAACACAUCAGAAUAAGCAAGGAGGUACAGGUGUAACAAUGUGUGUGGGUGUGGGCGCCAGCACCGGAGCGCGUGGAGGUGUACUACUUCGAGCGCGGCGCCGGCGCGUACCUGGCCACGGCUGGGCGCGGGCGGCCGGCGCGGCUGGAG